AUGCUUAUAAAUCAUUUUGAUUUAAGCAUCUUACCAUCACAGAAAUUAUAUCGGAACAUAGAUAAGGGGUAUUCCGUGAUUAAUGAUGAUGAUUUUUGGGAAGAAAUAGAAAAUAAGAUCAUUUCUCAUUCUGACGUUUCAUUUUCUAAAGAAUUAAUAUCUGGCUUCACUUAUGGUGUAUAUCGUAUAAAUAAAGUUGAAGAAAAAGAUGAAAUUUGGAAUUUUUUGUAUUUCUGGACAGGGGAAAAAAUAUGGGAAAGGAAAUACAAUUUUAGAGAUGUCAUGGAAAUACUAAAUAAAGUAAUAGAUAAAUUUGAUGUUCAAAAGACGUUUGUAAGUGAUUUAAUAAGUAUUACAAAUAAAGAUGAUUUUUCAAAAUUGAAGAUGAUUUUUGAUUAUAUUCAUGACUAUGAAACUAUUAAACAUACUAUUGCUCAAAGUCAUGUGGAAUGCAGUACCCAAAUGGUUGAGCUUCUAAAGAACUAUUUUAUGAAAUAUGCUGAAGUAAAAAAUAAAUGUGACUCAGUUAAUGAUACAUUGUGUCAAAUAUUUAAAAAAUUCAUGGGAAUAAAAAAGAAUAAUGGAAACUUAGAAAAAUUAACAUGUCGUGCUGUACGUGAUAAAGAAAUUGAAGUUAAAGAAGAUGUAGGUAUCCCUAAAAUUCCACAGAAAGAUCAAACUUUCACACAUGUGAUCUUAUUAGGAAAUACAGAAGAAAAUUCUGAAUUAAGGUCAUCUGUUGAAGUAGGAUAUUAUAAUGAAUUAGAAGACCCUGUUGGACCAGAAGAGCCUCUUGAAUCAGAAGCUGAUGGGUUUAAUUCAACAACUGUUUCUAAUUCAGCAAAUGGUGGAUUAGAACAAGGUUCUGUGUUAAAACCAGAUGUUGAACUCAAACCAAAUGGUAAAUUUGAAGUAGGUGAUAUAUUCGAACAACGUGAUGGAAUUGAAUCACAUGAUGAUUUAGAAAUAUCUACUGUAACACCAGAAGUCACUAUAUUACAAAAAGCAGAUGAACAUCUGGAAUCUGCUGUAACACCAGAACUUACUGAAUCAAAAGUAUCUAAUGGGUUAUCAGAAUCUGACACAUUACCAAAAAUUAUUGGAUUAUCAGACACUGCUGGACUACCUGACACUAAUGGAAUGUCGGAGAAUACUGUAUCACAUCCACCUAAUGUAGUAUCUGAAAAUCCAGUAAUGCAGGUUCCUGCAACACUAAAUCCCGUGGGAUCACUACUAAAUCCUGUAGAACACCCAAAUGGACUAAAUAACGCUAUUAAAACAGACGACUCUUCGACGGUAAAAUCUUCCCCUGAAAUGUAUUCAUUUUUUUCAUCAACGUAUACUAAAGCUGCAGGCGUUCUACUGUUCUUAGGAAUUUUGAUACCUAUGCUUAUUGUGUAUAUUCUUUCAGUACUUUUUUCAAAAGUACAGAAUCGCUAUUUCAGGAAAAAGAAAAAACCGUAUCAUUUGUAUUUUGAUAAAACACAUGUAUAUCCAUUCUAUUAUGAUAGAAUGUCAGAGGGAAAACCGUACUACAAACAGAAUGUGGGUUAUUAUCCUCUUAUGAUUGAGUAA